AUGGCACAUAUAUUGCAAAAAGAUAAAAGGUUCUUUUUAUAUCAAGAACCUCCUCCUGGGUAUAUUGCUGGCUUUGGUAGAGGGGCAGUUGGUUUUACAACUAGAUUAGAUAUUGGUACAGCAAGAAAUUCAGAUAUUCCAGGAUUUCCAGGUAGAGAUGAUAAAUCAAAAUUAACAUCAAAUACAGGUGGAGAAGAUGAGGAUGAAGAUGAACAAUCAAAUAAAGGUGGUGGUGGUGGUGAUAAUGGUAGAUUUGAUGAAUUUGAAGGUAGUUCAACUGAUAAAUUAUUUGAUUCAAAUAAAGGUUAUGAUCAAGAAGAUAAAGACGCAGAUGCAAUUUGGGAUGCAAUUGAUAGUAAAAUGGAUUCACGUAGAAAAAAGAAACGUGAAGCAAAUGAACAAUUAAAAAUUGAGAAACAACGUGAAUCAAGACCAAAAAUUCAACAACAUUUACAAGAUCUUAAACAGGAUUUAGCAACAGUCUCUGAGGAUCAAUGGGCAUCAUUACCUGAUGCUGGUGAUUUAUCAAGAAGAAAUCAAAGAAAGAAAAUGGAAAUUUAUACACCAGUACCAGAUUCAGUAUUGGAACGUGCUAAAUCAGAGAAUGAAACUUAUUCAAUUUUACAAACCAAUAAUGCAAUGACAGCACCAGGUAUUGGUUUAAGUGGUAUUGAUAAUUCAUCAGGUACAUCAACAACAGAUUUAACACAGGUUGGAUCAGCUAGAAAGACAGUAUUGGAUUUAAAAUUACAUCAAGUAUCUGAUAAUGUUUCAGGAAAGACAUGUGUGGAUCCAAAAGGUUAUUUAACCGAUUUACGUAGUAAACGUAUUGCAUCAGACGCAGAGGUUGGCGAUAUAAAGAAGGCACGUUUAUUAUUUAAAUCUGCAACUACAUCCAAUCCAAAACAUUCACCAAGUUGGAUUGCCGCUGCAAAAUUAGAGGUAUUGGCUGGUAAAAUAGUGGAUGCUCGUAAAAUCAUUGCACAAGCAUGUAAAGAAUGUCCAACCAGUGAAGAGGUUUGGAUAGAGAAUGCAAAUUUACAAACACCCGACAAUGCAAAGAUAGUUUUAGCACAAGCUGUACGUGUGAUACCACAUUCGGUAAAGAUAUGGUUAUACGCUGCAAAUUUGGAGAAACAAUUGAAAAUGAAAAAACGUGUAUUACGUCGUGCACUUGAAUUCAUACCAACUUCUGUCAAACUUUGGAAAGAGGCAGUCGAAUUGGAGGAACCUGAAGAUGCUCGUAUUCUAUUGGGUCGUGCAGUUGAAUGUGUUCCUGAUAAUAUUGACCUUUGGUUAGCAUUGGCAAAUUUAGAAACCUAUGAAAAAGCACGUGAAGUUUUAAAUAAGGCUCGUCAAGCAUUACCUUCCUCAUCAGAGAUUUGGAUUUCCGCUGCACAAUUGGAAGAAUCACAAGGUAAAAAUGAUAAUGUAAAUAAGAUUAUAAAGAAAGCAAUUAAAUCACUUUGUUCUGGUGUUAUGAAUGUAAUGAAUCGUGAUAAAUGGAUAGCCGAAGCAGAGAAAUCUGAAAAGAAUCAAUACUAUGUCACUUGCCAAGCAAUCAUCUAUGAAACCAUUGGUAUGGGUAUUGAAGAUGAUGAUAGAAAGAGAAUUUGGGUAAUUGAUGCUGAAGAAUGUUUAUCAAGAGGUUCAAUUAAAACCGCAAAUGCAAUCUAUGCUCAUAUUCUAUCAAUUUUCCCAACAAAGAAAUCGGUUUGGUUAAAAGUUGCUCAAUUAGAGAAACAACAUGGUACCAAGGAAACUUUGGAUCAAACUUUAGAGAAAGCAACACAAAAAUGUCCACAAUAUGAAAACCUUUGGUUAAUGUAUGCCAAAGAGAAAUGGAUCUCUGGUGAUGUAGCAAAAGCAAGAGAAAUUUUAGCACAAGCAUUUAAAUUUAAUCCUGGUAGUGAAAAUAUUUGGGUUGCAGCCGUAAAGAUUGAAAGUGAAAUGAAUGAAUUAAGAGCAGCAAGAAACCUAUUAAAGAAAGCAAGAGAAAUAGCAGGUACUGAAAGAAUUUGGAUGAAAUCUGCUUUAUUAGAACGUGAAUUAGGUGGUGAUCAAAAACUUGAAUUAUCUUUAAUUGAACAAGGUUUACAAAAAUAUCCAAAUAGUUUUAAAUUAUGGUUAAUGAAAGCACAAUUAGAAGAACGUCAAGCUAUAGCAAAUCAUCAAAAUAAUCAAAAUAAUCAAAAUAAUCAAAAUAAUCAAAAUAAUCAAAAUAAUCAAAAUAAUAAUUUACAACAAAUUUCAUUAACAUCAAUUGAAAUAAUUCGUCAAACAUAUAAAAAUGCAACAGUUAAAUGUCCAAAUAAUGGUUCAGUUUGGAUAGAAGCAAGUAGAUUUGAAAAACGUAAUCAAAAUUUUAAUCGUGCUAGAGCAUUGUUAGAACAAGCAAAAUUAAAGAAUCCAACAGAUGAUGAUAUAUUUUUAGAGUUUGUUAGAUUUGAAGAUUCAUUAGGUAAUAGAAAACAAGCAGCAACUAUAUUGGCAUUGGGAAUUCAAGCAUCACCAAAAUCUGGUAAACUUUGGGCUGAAUUAAUUGCAAUGGAACCAAGACAUUCUCAACGUAAUAAAUGUGUUGAUGCUUUGAAUCGUUGUAAUAAUGAUCCAUAUGUAUUCACUCAAGUCUCUAAAAUCUUUUGGAUGGAUGGUAAAUUGGAUAAAGCUAAACAAUGGUAUCAACGUGUCACUACAACUUUUCCAGAAUUUGGUGAUGGUUGGGCUUAUUAUUAUGCUUUUAUUUUAAAAUUUGAACCAGAAAAUAAAGAUCAAAUCUUAAAGAAAUGUGUUGAAGCUGAACCAAAUUUAGGUGAACACUGGAUUAAAGUUUCAAAACAAGUUGGUAAUUCUCGUUUAAAAACUGAUCAAAUUUUAAAAUUAGUUUCUUUUAAUUUAUCAAAAUCUUUAUUACAACAACAACAACAACAACAACAACAACAGCAGCAACAACAACAACAACAACAACAACAACAACAACAACAACAAAAUAAUAAUCAACAAAAAACAACAACAACAACUACAACAACUACUUUACAACAUUAA